UUGUCAAAGAACGCAGCCCGGAUCUUCAGACCAUUCAUACGGCCAGACGGUGUUAUACUAGACAUCUAGGCAAAUCGCUUCCAGCCACACGGUAAUGGCGCCGUGGUGUCAUAUCGUGAUCUUGUCCUUUUGGUUAUGCGUACGGCACCAAAUAAGGAACAAUGUGACAAUACUAGUUCGAGCCUGCAGGGUAACACAAUAUCCUGCUUGCAAACUGCGUAAUAACUGUACAAUCAGAGCCUGCAGGCCACGACCAUAUCUCGUAAUGGUCUCUACAGGUUCUUCGUCGCAGGAAUUGAGAAAGUGCCGGACAACAUUAAUGGUGUCCUAUAAUAUUUGGCGUCCCGCUCAGCGUCACAGCAUCAUAAUAUUGUGAAGUAUCGGAUUGGGAGGAAGGAAUGGCCUGGUGUCGUGGCUUUGAACACUUGAAAUGGCGGCCUUGGGGUCGAAAUUUUUGACCAGAAUACACGCUGGCCAUUCAAUUAUUACUUUGUGAGGACAGACCUCUAGUGCAACUUCCC